AUGAUAAGGGAAGGAAGUGAUCAGAAUGAGUGGAGGUACGUUAACUCUGAAUGGAACCCGGCAGACGAUGCAUCACGCUCCAAGCAGUCUGAAAGGUGGAGAACAGGGCCGGGUUUUUUGCUGAAGGAGGAGUGUUUUUGGCCAGCAGAGCCAGCCCACAUGUCCAACAGUGUGGAAGGACUAGAAGUUAGGCGUGAGAUAGGUCCCAAAAGGGCGCAAGUCUGCCAAACAAUUAGCUUCAGGGUUGGGUUGGAUUGUAUUCAGACAGGGUGGCAUAAAAUCAUCCACCACUACUCAAAGUGGAUCCGGCUACUCAGAGCCGUAGCACAGCGAAUGACUUAUGAGGUAGAAAUAGCAAGUCUUGAGAAGGGCAGCACCAUCAGGGUUUCCAGCUCCUUAAGAAAAUUGAAACCAAUCCUGAGAAAUGGGCUAUUGUGCGUUGGAGGGAGGUUAUCACUGGCGAAUAUUGCCCCGAGCGAAAGGAAUCCAAUUAUUCUGCCAUAUAAGGGCCACUUGACUGACAUAGUUAUCCAGUAUUAUCACGAGCGUUCCAACCAUAUGGGCAUAAUGUAUGUUCUGGGUCUAAUGAGGGAGAAAUUUUGGGUGGUUAAGGGUAAUGCAGCGGUGAGGCGCGUGCUAGGGAAAUGCAUAAAGUGUCGCAGGGUACAUGGAAGGGUAAUUGAACAGCAAAUGGCCGAUCUACCACCUGAUCGCAUGGAGUCAGGGAAACCACCCUUCUAUCGCACCGGGGUGGACCUUUUUGGACCAUUCUUCGUGAAAAGGGGCAGAGCGCAGAUAAAGCACUGGGGAGUUAUAUUCACCUGCUUGAACAUGAGGGCCAUACACUGGAAGUAG